UUCAGAUCAUGUGACAUCUCAGAAUCAAAAAUGGCGACCUCCACACCGAGCCAAGAAACAGUUGAGGAUGAAGAUCAAGAUGAAAGUGAUGAAGAAUCAUCUGAGGAAGAAGUGGAACCCAAACUUAAGUAUGAGAGACUUGGAAAUGACCUCAACACAAUUCUCAGUAAAGACUGUGCUAGUUGUAUGGCAGUUGACUCCAAGUUCCUAGCUGUGGGGACCCACUGGGGUAUGAUAUACAUAUUGGACUAUAUUGGGUUCAACAUCAACAGUAAAGAAGUAGCCUCGCAUUCCACCACUGUUAAUCAGAUCAGUUUAGAUGACAAUGGAGACUUCAUCGCCAGCUGUUCAGAUGAUGGACGGAUAAUGAUCACUGGACUGUAUACUACUGAAAACAACCAAACUUUGAACUUUGACCGGCCGGUAAAGGCGGUGGCCAUGGAUCCCAACUUCUACAAACACGGUAGUGGACGACAGUUUGUCACCGGAGAUGACAAGUUGGUGCUGAAUGAGAAGGGAUUCCUCAACAGGCAUAAAACUACAGUGUUACACCAGGGGGAGGGGCCAAUACGCGAAAUCCAGUGGAAAGGCAGUUUCAUAGCGUGGGCCAACGACUUGGGUGUCAAAGUUUACGACAUGAACUCUCGGUCCAGAAUAACCUUCAUUCCUAAAGGUCACGACCAGCGAGCAGACCUAUACCGGUGCAGUAUCUGUUGGAAGGACAGCCGUACAUUCCUGAUUGCCUGGGCUGAUAGAGUUAAGGUGUGUGUGGUACGUGACCGGGUGCAGCAGGAUGUCCGAGAUCUGCCGAACAGAUAUGUGGAGAUCACGGCCAUGUUUACGGUGGACAGCUACGUGUGCGGUAUCGCACCACUUGGGGAUGAGCUAGUGUUACUGACUUACGAGAAGGACCUUCACAAGGAGGGGGAUCGUCUGGUUGCCCAGCGACCACACCUACAGGUUGUGAAGCCGAGUCUGAAUGACUAUGAGGAGGUAUCUAAUGAUGCGCUGUCCAUCCGUGGAUUCCAGGAAUACAAGUGUAAUGACUAUCACUUAGAGUGUCUGCGAGAGGAGAACCUGUUCUACAUUGUCAGUCCCCGGGAUGUUAUUGCGUCGCGACUCUGUGAUAUGGAUGACCACAUCUCCUGGCUACUGGACCAUGACAUGUUUGAGGAAGCAAUGGAAUCUACACAGAAUCACGAACAAGAGCUGAGGAAACACACCCCUCAGCGUGUAGGACGACAGUAUCUUGUGUACCUACUGGAGGAUCAGCAGUACGAUCAGGCCGCCCAACUCUGCGUGAAGAUUCUCCGCAAAGACAAAGAAGCCUGGGAGGAAAUUGUUUACAAAUUUCACAAAAUACAUCAGCUCAAGGCAAUUGCCCCAUAUCUACCUCGUGGGGACCCUCAACUUGGCCAAGCUAUUUAUGAGAUGGUACUAAACGAAUUUCUCGUUACAGAUGAAGAGACUUACCUGAAGAUGGUGAAGGAAUGGCCUAGUUACCUAUACAAUGUAAAGACACUGAUAAGCUCCACACUUGAGCGACUCGACAGUAACCGUGGUAAUAAGACACUACUACAGGCUCUCGGUGAACUUUAUUCUUUUGAAAGAUCCUUUGACAAAGCCCUGGCAAUAUACAUCAAAUUAAAACACAAAGAUGUGUUCAGUUUGAUCUACAAACACGACCUCUUCGACUCCAUCAGCGACAAAAUAAUACAGCUUAUGGAGUUUGACUGUGAACAGGCUGUUGCCAUGCUGAUCGGUAACAUGAAGAAAAUGUCUAUUGACAAUGUUGUGCACCAGUUAGAGAAAACCCCUCAUAACCUAUAUGUUUACCUGGACAAGCUAUUCCAGAAAGAUCCCCAGCUCUGUCAGAAAUAUCACGGCAAACAAGUGAGACUGUACGCAGAGUUUGACAGACCACGCUUACUGUCCUUUCUCCGCAGUAGUAACCACUACCCCCUCCAGAUGGCGCUGGAGGAGUGCGAGAUGAGGGACUUCAUACCUGAACAGGUGUUUUUAUUGGGUCGGAUGGGUAAUGUUAAACAAGCCUUAGAAUUAAUAACGUCAAGACUUCAGGACGUGAACCAAGCCAUCGAAUUCUGUAAAGAUCAGAACGAACAAGAACUUUGGGAGGAUUUGAUCCAAUACAGUAUAGACAAACCUAGUUUUAUAAAAGGCCUACUACAGAACAUUGGUACCCACGUGGACCCUAUCAUCCUCAUCACCAAGAUUCAAGAGGGCAUGCACAUCCCUGGUUUGAGGGACUCUCUGGUCAAGAUACUACAGGAUUAUAACUUACAGAUGUCCCUGAGGGAAGGAUGUAAAAGGAUCUUGGUAGCAGACAGCUUCAACCUGAUGGAUCGCCUUGUGAAAACUCAUAAACGAGGAAUCUCCGUCAGCAGUAUCCAGACCUGUCAUACGUGCCAGCAAGCUGUCAUAGUUUCAGAUCUCCGGUAUGCCAGUAAUGCUGUGAUUUUUUUCUGUCGCCAUGUAUUUCAUGAGGAUUGUCUACCAGCACAUUCUAUGGAGAGUUGUCCAAUAUGCAGCAGUGCUCAGAAGAGAGGACCGGGGGCCAAAGGUUUAGGGACGUAAAACGUACCUAGAGUCUAGGGCUAAGGGACAUCAAAUCUUAUUUAUUGCUGAAGUAGAGGUGUAAGAAACAGUAGUGCGUGUGAUAGUUCGAGGGAGAAAGAUUCCAGUGAGAUGGACAUCUGUGAAGCUACUGGAUUUUACGGAGACAGCUGUGAUACUGUAGGAUUCUGUAGGAGGUGUGCUCCAGAAUGUAUGGACAAAAAUUUAUUUGUGUUGGACUUUCGUGGAAUUCGUUUGGCUGAAAGUACAUCACUGUUCCUGUGUUUACCGCAAUUGAAAUACCAUGCCAUAAUAAAUAUGUUAAGCAUUUCUCAAGUAACCUUCAUCACAAUUAUAGUACAGCAUCCUUUUAAAGGACGAAAAUCAGUUUGUUAAUGUACAAAUAUGUGACGGUAUUAUAUAGCUCCGGCUGUAUUGUCUUGCCCGACAUCGUAUCAAAUGAGGUAGUGUUUACCAUCAGGAUAUAGUUGUGCUCUGUUACAGGAUAUCAUGGAAUAUUAAAGUUAUUUGUGAGAUGUUAUAAGAUUUAUAUUCAUUAAUAUAUAGUUGUCUAACAUGUUAACAUUGUGAACAUUUUUUGAAUAUUUCUAUAAAGUGCUAAAAAUGUAA